AUGCUUAAUGAACAUGUAUCUCAACUAAACCAAAAAACAAAAGAAAAAGGAAGAGAAAUCGAUGAACUAAAAAGACAGUUAAUAGAGAGAGAUAGAGAAUACAAAAAGGAGAUGAACCAGUUAAGGGAAAAUAUUCAACAAAUCAACAUUACAGGAAGAAGAAAUAAAUCGGUAAACUUCGAUGAUGAAGAAAUAGAUAAUCGAUAUAAUAAUAAAAAUUAUAACUAUAAUGAAGAUAGGAGCAGAAGUUAUAAUAGAGAAACAAAUUAUCGAGGACGACAACGUGAAUACAAAGAUAAAAGUCCAUACCCAGGAAGAUUUAAUGACAGAAGUAGAGAAUCUAGCACAAAUAGACAAUAUGGUAGAGACAGAUCACAGUCCAGAGAGAGACAAUAUUACAACAAAAUACAAAACGAGACUAAUACAUAUCAAGAUUACGAAAGAAAUCCAAGCCAUAGAUAUGAUUCAAACAAUUACGAAUAUAGAGAUAACUCGCGUAAUAGAGAAGCUAACUCAAAUACAGUCAACGGUAGAGGCUAUAGAACA